GGAGGCUUGGUGCGGGGAGGUGGGAUGGGGGCACAAGGGGUAGGGAGGAUUGGCGGGGCGAGAGACGGAGAAACCCAGGGUAGCAGGACAAGGGGAAGGGGAGGGGUGCCCGGGAACCUGGGGCCUUUGGAUGGAGAGGGGGAUGAAGCCGGCCAGGUUUGGAACAAACAGGGAAGGGAGAGGACGGCAGUGAGGAGGGGCGCCUAGAAGGAGAGGUGAGGCAGAAAGCGCAAAGGAGAGUGUGUUUGGGGGAAGGGAAACCAGGGCAGGUAUGGAGGCCGCAGCUCAGAAGGUAGCUAUGAGGCCAGACUGGAGACCCCCGGGUGGGAUGGAGGGGCGGGGACUGCGAGAGGGAAGCCGAGAGCCUCCCAGAUCCCUGAGGAGGAAGGUGAUUUGGGCGCUCAGCGAGGGAGGCGGAGACCUUCGCUGAGGGGCCAGGGUGCAGGAAUAGGGGUGGACGGAAGCCCGGGCCCAGGCGAAGGACUGGUGAGGGGGUCGGCAGGGAAUGGAGAGACAUGGAUGGGUGGUCUUGUAGCUGCCCAACUCAGAAUGCCCCCACCCUUUCUCCAGCAUCCCCGCCCUGCCCUCAUGACACCCCCCAGCCUCAGGCCCCAAGAGGGGGUGGGGAGUCUGACCGUCUCCCCCUUCCCCAGCGGGGUGCAGUGUAGGCAAGUAGGCCCCGGCAUGACUCCUUGUCUAUAGUGGAUCCGGGACCCAGGGAGGGUCGCCCCCCGGGCCUGGUGGCGCUGAGCAGGAAUCCCCAGCACCUGCCUCCUGCCCCACGACAUGAACCUCCUCUACCGAAAAACCAAGCUGGAGUGGAGGCAGCACAAGGAAGAGGAGGCCAAGAGGAGCUCCAGUAAGGAGGGAGCUCCUGCAGGCUCCUCGGGGCCCGGGGCCGGCCCAGGGCCGGGGGUCCGCGUGCGGGACGUUGCCUCGCUGCGCCGCUCGCUCAGGAUGGGCUUCAUGACGAUGCCCGCCUCCCAAGAGCACACCCCCCACCCCUGCCGCAGCGCCAUGGCCCCACGCUCCCUCUCCUGCCACUCGGUGGGCAGCAUAGACAGCGUGGGGGGCGUGCCUGGGGGGGGCGGGGGGGGCCUCACAGAGGACGGCAGCACCCGAAGACCCCCGGCCAAGCCCCGGAGACACCCCAGCACCAAGCUCAGCAUGGCAGGGCCGGGGGCAGAGACGCCCCCCAGCAAGAAAGCAGGCUCACAGAAGCCAACCCCGGAGGGCCGCGAGUCCAGCCGGAAGGUUCCUCCACAGAAGCCCAGGCGAAGUCCCAACACCCAGCUCUCUGUCUCCUUUGAUGAGUCCUGUCCCCCAGCCGCCUCUCCUCGAGGGGGGAACCCGCCCCUUCACCGCCUCAGUAGGGGGUCCUGUGUAGCUGGGGACCCUGAGGUGGGUGCCCAGGAAGAGGAGCCGGUGUACAUUGAGAUGGUGGGGGAUGUCUUCAGGGGAGGAGGGCGGAGUGGAGGGGGACUGACUGGGCCCCCUCUUGGGGGUGGGGGGGGGCCGACCCCAACGGCUGGCGCUGACUCGGACUCAGAAGAGAGCGAGGCCAUAUACGAGGAGAUGAAGUACCCGCUGCCCGAGGAGGCCGGGGAAGGCCGCGCCAAUGGGGCCCCUCCGUUGACGGCAAGCUCCACACCGCACCAGCCUCACGCCCUUCAGCUCCACACCCAGCGCCGUCCAGCUUCAGCCCUCCCGAGCCGGAGGGAGGGGACGCCCACGAAGACCACUCCUUGUGAAAUCCCGCCGCCCUUCCCCAACCUCCUCCAGCACCGUCCUCCACUCCUGGCCUUCCCCCAGGCCAAGCCUGCUUCCCGAGCCCCUGGCGAUGGGGUCUCGAGGCUACCAGUCCUUUGCCACUCCAAGGAGCCAGCUGGCUCCACCCCAGCUCCCCAAGUGCCUGCCCGGGAGCGGGAGACGCCUCCCCCACCGCCUCCGCCUCCCGCUGCCAACCUGCUGCUGCUGGGACCCUCGGGCCGAGCCCGGAGCCACUCGACACCCUUGCCGCCCCAGGGCUCUGGCCAGCCCCGGGGGGAGAGGGAGCUCCCCAAUUCCCACAGCAUGAUCUGCCCCAAGGCGGCAGGGGUGCCGGCAGCCCCUCCUGCCCCGGCUGCCUUGCUCCCCGGCCCCCCCAAGGACAAGGCCGUGUCUUACACCAUGGUGUACUCAGCAGUCAAGGUGACCACGCACUCCGUCCUGCCCACCGGUCCGCCCCUGGGCGCUGGGGAGCCAAAGACGGAGAAGGAGAUCUCAGUCCUCCACGGGAUGCUGUGCACCCGCUCGAGACCCCCCGUGCCUGGGAAGUCCAGCCCCCAUGGCGGGGCUAUGGGCGCAGCAGCUGGGGUUCUCCACCACCGCGCCUGCCUGGCCUCCCCACACAGCCUUCCGGACCCAACUGCAGGCCCCCUGACCCCCCUCUGGACCUACCCAGCUGUGGCAGCUGGGCUCAAGAGACCCCCUGCCUAUGAGAGCCUCAAGGCUGGGGGGGUGCUGAAUAAGGGCUGUGGAAUGGGGGCUCCAUCCCCCGUGGUCAAGAUCCAGCUGCAGGAGCAAGGGACCGACGGGGGGGCCUUUGCCAGCCUUUCUUGUGCCCACGUCAUCGCCAGCGCGGGGACACCAGAAGAGGAAGAAGAGGAGAUGAGCGCCUCGACGUUUGGGGCAGGCUGGGCUCUGCAGAGGAAGGUCCUGUAUGGCGGGAGGAAGGCGAAAGAGCUGGACAGAGAGGUCGAGGACAGUGUCCAGGCCUGGAAUGGCAGUGCCGAGGGUGCAGGCAAGGUGGAGCGUGAGGACAGAGGCUCUGUGGCAUCAGGGAUCCCAGUGAGGAGCCAGGGGGCAGAGGGCCUGCUGGCCAGGAUCCACCACGGAGGGGACCGAGGAGGAAGCCGCCCCGCGCUGCCCAUACCCUGCCAGACCUUCCCCGCCUGCCACCGCAACGGAGACUUCACGGGAGGCUACCGCCUGGGGCGCUCCGCCUCCACCUCAGGAGUCCGGCAGGCCGCGCUCCACACCCCUCGGCCCUGCAGCCAGCCCAGGGAUGCCCCGAGCCAGAUCCAGCCUGCGCUGCCGCUGCCGCUGCCGCUGCCCCUGCCGCCCCAGGCCACCCGCGAGCGCGACGGCAAGCUGCUGGAGGUGAUCGAGCGCAAGCGCUGCGUGUGCAAGGAGAUCAAGGCGCGCCACCGGCCCGACCGCGGCCUCUGCAAGCAGGAGAGCAUGCCCAUCCUCCCCAGCUGGCGGCGCGGGCCUGAGCCCCGCAAGUCCGGCACCCCGCCCUGCCGCCGGCAGCACACAGUCCUCUGGGACACCGCUAUCUGAGGAGGCCGGGGCGCCGGGACCGGGGAGCGGGGCGGGGGAGACCGGCCUCGAAAGAGGGACGCUUGAAGGACCAGGUGAGAGAGAGCCGGGGAGAACCUCUGCCCUCCACCCUAGCCCCCGAGACGGGGAGUCGGCCGGGCCCAUCGGGUUGGGGGCGCCAAGCAGCACCCCCACAAACUUGGGGGAGAGUUGGCUUGAGGUUGGGAGUGAGGCCCUCCGCCGCUCUUCCCACUGAGCCAAGCAGACCCCUCCUCUUGAGAGGGCGAAGGCCAAGCCCAGGUCAGCAUGGGGAAGGAGGGAAGGGUCAGGGAGGAAGAAGGGGGGGCGGGUCAGCGAGGGACAGGGACCUGAGAGUGAGAGGUAGAGGGGCUCUUUUAAAGAGUGGGGAGUGGGGGAGGUGCUGUUUAUUUUGUUAUUUAUUUUGGGCUGGGGGGCAAUUCUUGGCCCUUCUGAUCUACUCCUGAACAGGGAGUGGGGAAUUGCAGGCAGGUAAAGGGAACCAAGCUGGCACUCUCCCCAACGCCUAAAGGCCCUGCUAUCCACGCCCCGCCAAAGCUAGGGACAGGUCUGGAGUGGGGAGUGGAGCAGGAGAAGGGAGGCGCUCCGGGGAGCCCGGGGGCCAGAGGGCUCAUUUACAGUAUUUACAAGUCGCCAGUAUUUGGUAGUGAGCUUGGCCUGCUCUGAAGCAGGCAUCUUACUUAGCUCCAGGGUGAGGGUCUGGCACCUGGGAUGGGGGGGAUGAUGGGGAAGGAGGGAAAUUUUCGCGGGUGGGGGGCGGGCAGGGUAUUUAUUUAAAUUAAAAAGCAAAACAAAAAACUCAGAAGAGAUGUCAGGAACUUUUUUUUAAUUCCUUUCUUUUCAGAAUAAUAUAUUAAAAGACUAACGAUCCUAGAACUGGCUUCUUAUGUUUCAGUGCGCUCCGCCUUUCAUAUACCCGUCCCGUUUUCACUCUUGCCCCUGGUUGGUGGGAGCCAGAGGUUGUGCAGGGCGGGUUACUAUGGCACGUGAGAGGGAGAGGUGGAGCUGGAGGAAAGUCUUUGGGAACGCCACCGUGCAGUGACUCAGCAAACCCUAAUUGAGCAUCUGAUGUGUGCGUGGCCGUGCGCCGAUGCAGAAGGAACGUUCCGACUGAAGCCUGUCCUCAAGCAGCUUGUAGUCUAUUCAGGGAGGUGAGAUACCUGAGCCGACACCAGGCAGUGCUCCAGGAGUAGGAGAGGGAGAGAGCUGGACUCCUCCGACAAGGUACAGUGAGCCUAAAAGUACAGGUAAGGUUUGGAUGAGCAGGGGGAAGGUCCCAAGCUCGUGUCAUGAUUAUCUGCCGUGGUGGGAUGGGCACAGCAACUGUGUUUAAAUGAUGCUGAGGGCAGUGAGUCAACCUUGAUGAAGCUGGUGGAGAAGGAGGGGCCUCAAAGCAAGAGGCUGGUCCUCAAGAAGGAAUCCAGGGAGGAGGAUAAAAAGAGUGUCUGGGAGAAUGGAAGGCAAAGGGAGAGUUUGCAAGAUGCAACUGAAAGAAAACAUCCUCUGAUGGGGAUGAAGGGGCCGAAGCGGGUAUCCACGAAGCCCAAGUUUGGCGCUCAGGUGGCUGAGGAAAUGAUCAGCCUGACACAGCAUGGAAAGUGGGGUUGAGAGGGGCCGUGAGGGAAGAAUGUUGACUGGGAAGCAAUGGCGAAUAUUCAGGUUUGUUACCAGCUAGACCAGAGAUUCAAAAAUGCAAGGAUGAUACCAGAGAUGCCUUUUAGUUCUGUAUUUAUACGCAUGCAUAUUAGAGAAAUUCUAAUCAGCACAUCAGAACACUACUUGUUAUGUCACAGCAGUUAUUGCACAAGAUAAGGCUAAAUUUAUUUUUAAUGAAUUGGUUUAAAGAAAAACAGUAAGCAAAUAAAUAACAGUACAGGUGGAAUACAGAAUACGAAAAAUUAUGACAGUGGUGUGAGAAUUUUUGAAAUUUAGGAAAUACCAAGUUAGAGAUAAGACGAUGAUGGUUUGGGAGAGCCGACAAGACUGGAUGUUAGGAGUCAUCAACAUAGAGAUGGUACUCAAGGCCAAGACUGAGCUCCAUAGAGAGGGUGUGGACAGAGAUAAGAGUUAAGAACAAGGAAUAGCUUUUAAAUUAUUUAUGUUUCUUUUAAAUUUCACUAUAUAUAUAUAUAUAGUGAAAUGAUCACCCUGAUAAGUUUAGUUGACAUCCGUCACCACAGAUACUUACAAUUUUUUUUUCUUGUGAUGAGAACUUUUAAGAUGUACCCUCUUAGCAACUUUCAAACAUAGAAUAUAAUAUUGUUAAUUAUAGUUACCAUGCUGUACGUGACCUCUCCAGGACUUACUUAUCUUAUAACUGGAAGUUUGUACCUUUUGACCACCUCCCAUUUUUCCCCACCUCCCACCUCCCAGCUCUGGCAACCAAUCUCUCUGUAUCUAUGAGUUUGGUUUUCUUUCUUUCUUUUUCAGAUUCUACAUAUAAAUGAGACCAUACGGUAUUUGCCUUUCUCUGUCUGACUUAUUUCACUUAGCAUCAUGCCUUCAAGGUCCAUCCAUGUUGUCGAAAGUGGCAGGAUUUCCAAUAGCUUUUUAAUAAUUAGUUAGGAAGUUAAUGGAAGGAAAUAUCUCAUUUAUAAGAGCAACAAGAAUCAUAAAAUAUCUAAGAGUACUUUAACAAGAAAAGUAUAGGACCUCUAUUCGAUUAAUCAAUAAAACUAAAGUACUUUGAGUUUCUCAACCAAGCAAGACUUGAAUAGGCAGAGUAAUAACUAGUUCUUAAAUAGGAAGACCGCAAUGUAAAAGAUGUAAGUCUUCCCUAAAUCAGUAAAUUCAAUGAAGUCUCUAAAUCUCAAAAGGAUAAUUUGGGAAACUUGACAAAACUAUUCAAAAGUUUAUCCAGAAUGAUAAUGAGAAAAACCAGAACAUUCCGAAACAGAUGAGUAAGGGGGGGACCUGGCCUAUCAAAUAUUGAAAGCACAGUGAGCUGGGAUUGGCACAGGAAUGGCACAAUCUAUCAGAACAGAGUCCAGAAAUAGCAGCAAAUGCACAUGGGAAUCUAGCAUGUACAUGAUAAAGGUGGCACUUGAAUAGUGGGGAAAAGAUUAUUUGAUAAUUGUUUCUUGAACAAUUAGCUAGUCAAGGGAGAGUGUGGGAAGCUGGAUUUCUAUUUCAUUCAUUACAUCGAAAGAUUUAAAUGUAAAAACAAAAUAUUAAAAGGGAGAAGUGGGUGAACAUUCUUAUAACCUUGGGAGGGAGGAGGCCCUUCUAAAAUGAUAUGAAAACCAGUAACAUGUAAAUCAACUAUACUCCAAUAAAAAUUAGAAAAAAAAAAAAAACAGUAACAAAUAAACCAAAAGGCAUUUAA